AUGGAUAACAAGGUUAUAGAAAAUAAAGAUGACCCUAGAGCAUUCACCAUCCCUUGCAGAAUUGGGACACAUGAAUUUAAAAAAGCUCUGUGUGACCUUGGUGCGAGCAUCAACCGAAUGCAUUUUGUCAUCUAUAAGAAGCUUAGAUUGGAUACCCCUACAUCGUCCUCUAUGCAAAUUUUCAUGGAAGACUGGUCCAUCUUAAGAAUGGUGGGAAUUUUGUUUGAUAUCCUUGUCAAAGUGGAUAAGUUUAUACUCCCGGCAAACUUUGCGGUAGUGGAUUAUAAAAUGGACAAAGAUGUACCUAUCAUCCUUGUCCGCCUUUCCAUAGACACUGGGAGAGAUAUUAUUGAUCUAGAGAUAGGGGAGAUGAAGUUUAGUGUGCAAAUGGAUGAGGUCUUUUUCAAAAUUUGCAAGUCAAGAAAGAAAACUACGGAGUUGCAAGUAAUAUCCGUGGUGGAUGUUGAAAAUGAGAAGAGGAAUAAGAAGGAGUUUGAAUACCCACCUUGA